GAUGAUAUUGUUUAAAGUAAUGUUCUAGUGGAAGUAUUAUAGUCCUCAAAUUAGAUUAGUUUCAUCAUCAUGAAAGUGCUUGAGUAGUGUGUCUGGUCAUGGCUCUUCUGAGCUUACAGUUUCUAAAAUUGGUACGAAAACUUUAGGUUAAGAGAAGGAAAAAUGGCGAAAAAGUUGGAAGCGCAAGGUGGUCGUGGAGGAGAUGUAUGGGACGAUGGUGGUGCUUACGAAAACGUCAAGAAAGUCUAUGUUGGUCAAGGUGAUUCUGGUGUUGUUUACGUCAAGUUUGAUUACGAGAAAGAUGGCAAAAUCGUAUCACGUGAACAUGGGAAGCAGACACUACUUGGAACAGAGGAGUUUGUGCUUGAUCCAGAAGAUUACAUAACAUCAGUGAAAGUUUACUACGAGAAGCUCUUUGGAUCACCGAUAGAGAUCGUCACGGCUCUAAUCUUUAAGACAUUCAAGGGGAAAACUUCUCAGCCUUUUGGACUAACCUCUGGAGAAGAAGCUGAGCUAGGAGGUGGCAAGGUCGUUGGAUUUCAUGGAAGUUCAAGCGAUUUGAUCCAUUCUGUAGGAGUUUAUAUAAUUCCGUCAACUACUCCGGUGACUCCGCCGGAAUCAGGUGGUCCGAUCAAAUUGGAAGCUCAAGGUGGUCGUGGAGGAGAUGUAUGGGACGAUGGUGGUGCUUACGACAAUGUAAAGAAAGUUUAUGUUGGACAAGGUGACUCUGGUGUGGUUUAUGUCAAGUUUGAUUACGAGAAAGAUGGUAAGAUUGUAUCACUUGAACAUGGGAAGCAGACACUACUUGGAACAGAGGAGUUUGAGAUUGAUCCUGAAGACUACAUCACAUAUGUGAAAGUUUACUACGAGAAACUUUUCGGGUCACCGAUAGAGAUAGUCACAGCUCUUAUAUUCAAGACAUUCAAGGGUAAAACUUCUCAGCCGUUUGGUUUGACCUCUGGAGAAGAAGCUGAGCUAGGAGGUGGCAAAAUUGUUGGAUUCCAUGGAACUUCAAGCGAUCUGAUCCAUUCUCUAGGAGCUUAUAUUGUUCCUUCGUCCACACCAUUGACUCCUUCUUCCAAUACUAUUCCAGCACAAGGUGGAGAUGGUGGAGUUGCUUGGGAUGAUGGUGUUCACGACGGUGUCAAGAAGAUAUAUGUUGGACAAGGUGACUCUUGUGUGACAUAUUUCAAGGCUGAUUAUGAAAAGGCAUCAAAGCCUGUCCUUGGAAGUGAUCAUGGAAAGAUGUCAUUGCUUGGAGCAGAGGAGUUUGUGCUUGGACCAGAUGAGUACAUCACAGCUGUGUCGGGCUACUAUGACAAGGUUUUUAGUGUAGAUGCCCCGGCAAUCGUCUCGCUUAAGUUCAAGACAAACAAGAGAACAUCUAUCCCGUAUGGACUCGAGGGCGGAACUGAAUUCUUGCUGGAGAAGAAAGACCACAAAAUCGUCGGUUUCUAUGGACAAGCUGGUGACUAUCUUUACAAACUUGGAGUCACUGUUGCCCCCAUAGCUAACUGAUGUGAAAACAAUCUCAUAUCCCCGGAAUUCGAAUAAGAUUAUGUUGUGAGUUUAUGGAGUUGUGUGGUCUAAUGUUGUAUUUGGUUUUCUCAAGGGUAAUGUAUUUCAGUAUUUGUGUGCUACUUUCUUAUCUAAAAUCUAAAUAAAGAGGGUUUAUGCAU